AAGGGAAUAGAAUUCAAACGCGCAGAGAAAGAAACCAUCAGAAAACUCUAGAGAGAGACAGAGAGUAAAGCCUAGAGAUAGAGUGAAGGUUUUGCCAAGUCACGAUGAAAAAAUUUAUUGGGUUUUGGCGUGAGUGAAAAAGUUUCCCUAGGCAUAGAGGAUUGAUCGAUGCCAUUGUGUUUGUUUCCCAGGAAAAUUUUCGGUUGGUUUUAGUUGGGUGGGUGGGAAAAAGGGAAAGAUGUACGCAGGGUCCAUGAGAAAGUCCUUCAAGGAUUCUCUCAAAGUUCUUGAAGCCGAUAUUCAGCACGCCAAUACCCUAGCGUCUGAUUUUUCCAGGGAGUAUGAUGGUGCCUGUCUUCAAAUGAGAAUGUCCUACAGUCCGGCUGCACACCUGUUCCUUUUCCUAGUACAGUGGACAGACUGUCACCUUGCUGGUGCCCUUGGACUGCUGAGAAUUCUAAUUUACAAGGUUUAUGUUGAUGGCACCACAACAAUGUCUACCCAUGAAAGAAAAGCAAGUAUAAGAGAAUUCUAUGCGGUUAUUUAUCCCUCUUUAGUGCAACUUCAAAGUGGUGUUACUGAUACGGAAGACAAAAAGCAAAAAGCAGUAUGCAUGGAAAGGUACAGAAGAAGAGAUGAUGAAGAACACAAGCAGUAUUCGGAUAUAGACAUUGAAAGAGAUGAAGAAUGUGGAAUUUGCAUGGAAAUGAAUAGCAAGAUUGUCUUGCCCAACUGUAACCAUGCCAUGUGCUUGAAAUGCUACCGCGAGUGGCGUACAAGAUCUCAGUCAUGCCCCUUUUGCCGCGACAGUCUGAAGAGGGUGAACUCUGGUGAUCUCUGGGUAUUUAUGGACGGUAGGGAUGUAAUUGACAUGGCAAUGCUAACACGGGAGAAUCUUAGACGACUAUUCAUGUACAUAGAUAAGUUGCCUCUAGUUGUUCCCGAUACACUUUUCGAACCCUACGAUUCUCAUCUGAGGUAAGCGGUUGGUAUCACCAUCUGAAUCCACCAAUGUGGCCUGCAUCAUAUGACUUGUAUUUUCUUUCCUUUAUUUACAUAAUGACCAACAUUCAUUUGGUCAAUUUAGGUUAAAAACUGCAGUUGUUUUUCCCAGCCCUUCUGAUUAGAACGAACCCGGCCUGAGUUAUUGUGGGCAGGGGGUUUGAAGUGGAGGUAGUCUGACUGAGAAAGGGUUCAUAAAUGUAUUUAACCAAAUUGUACAUAUGUAUAGCUUGAACUUCGUUUAAAAAAAGCCAUGUUGGUUUCAAUGAAUGUUGUUUCCCACUA